UCCUACGCCCUCUUCUCGACGCCUUCCGCCGAAGUUGAAACAACACAACUCCAGAUCCGCAAAGACACAAAUGCUGUAUACGAUGCACCAACUCAGUCUGCGAUGCAGAAGGCCACAAAGGACGCUCAGGGACUUGAGAAGAAACGACUCAAAGGGCAAGCAGAAGAGAGAGAAGCAAAAGAGAAGGCAGAGAAACGCGAACGAAGGCUACAGGACAGCAAAAACAUUGUGCUUACUGAAGAUCCAUCCCUCCCUCAAUCUGUCAAGUCCAAGAUCGUAAAAAUGGAGUCCCUUCGCGGGCAGCGCGUCCGGGUAUCUGGGUGGGUUCACAGGCGGCACGAUCAGCAAGAAAUCAUGUUUAUUGUCCUGUGGGACGGGACAGGAUAUCUGCAGGCUGUUCUUACUGGGAAUGCGAAAAAAACAUACGAUGCUGUAACAUUACAGCUAGAGGCAUCAGCUGAGCUGACUGGCAUGCUCAAGACGGUUCAUGAAGGCCAGCGCCCCCCUGGAGGACAUGAACUAGUCGUUGACUCUAACAGACUCGACGAGGUUUGA